AAUUGGUCUGUGGACUCCGUGCCUUCAGUUUCGCGGUGGCCGCGGUUUCAGUCGCACGCUGCGAGAACUUUCAUAUUAUCUAAAAAUAAAAACGACAAAUAAAAAUACGUUCUAUAGUAAUAUUGAUACUAGUUCGUGGUAUAAAGUUGAAGUGAUCAGAACUUAUUUGUUUCGUGUUCCAAAAAAAGUUUUCAAACUUUGAGAUAAUGGCGAGCACCGCACGGCUAGCCACCGUUUACUUCCUGCUGACCCUCGCAGCCGCUUCCAGCGCUAUCAAGUGCUGGAAGUGUGGCCAGUAUAGCGAUGGAGUCGGGUCUAUCACGCCGUGCAGUAAUAGAACUGCUGUCAGGCUGGAAGAGUGUCCCAGCAACGCGAAGUAUUGUAUUAAAUAUGUGAGUGAGCUGACGACCGUGCGGGACUGUGUGCCGACCUGCAGUGAAAAAGAAUGGUGGGGUGCCAGAACGUUCUGCUGUGAUGCAGACGAGUGCAACAGUACAUACUCGACGCGGCCCCUGGCUUUACUCGCAGUUAUAUUGCUGCUCAUCACGGCAUUUGCACACUGACCACUUCAAUGAUCUCAUGUAAGACAAAUUACGACCGUGUGAAUUAUUAUUAUUUUAGAUUACAGAGUUCAUGUUAUUAAGUUUUAAAUUAUUUUAAUAGAACACAUAUGUGAGUCUUAUUUGUAGGUACUAAUUUUAGUUAUAAAGAUAACAAGGCCUGUUGGUGGGCUGUCUUCAGAAUUCAGAAUAAUUAUCAAAACAUUUAAUUUUGUUACAACUUUUUUAUAUUAGUUUACAUACCUAACUUAAUGAUCUCUUUUACAGAACACAGAGCUAUUUAUUCGAGAGUAAUAAAUUGCUUAAACGAUAUUACAUGAUUUAUUUAGGAAUAUUUUGUUUUAUUUAGGAAUAUUUUGUUAAGGAAAGUUAUCACGUGUUCUUCAAAUUAAGCAAACUACGAAUACAUACAAUUAUAUCGAAAAGACAAACGAAAAAAAUAACUUUAUCAACAAACAGUAUUAAAAUAUAGGUAUUGUCAUACAACAACGCAGUUAUGGAUUUUGUUAUGAAAUCACUUAUAAGGUACCAAAAUAAACAACAGCAAGUUAUGCAAUUGAUGACCAAAAUGACAAUAAAAACUAAAUAUUCCAACAAAAUAUAAAGGGAACCAUUGUACGUGCAGAUAUUGCCUUUCCUAAAAUAAAUGCAAAGUGGUACCCACAUCACCCAAAAUUAGGGCGACGGCACAAAUUGAAAACCACUUUCGAAUAAAAAUAAAACUUUUCAAUAAAAGUGGUUUCACAUGUAUGCGUCACCCACGAACUUUUUGAACAAUCCUGGUGUACAUAGGUACCUACAUUAUUUAGAACAUUUAUUUUUGAAACAAAGUCACAAAUAAAAAUUAUUGAUGUUAGUAACAUAAAUGUUCUAAAUACUUUAUAAUCCCUUACUGUUUAGCUUGAUCUUAUACAGAAAUGUCUUAUUCUAAAGGAUAAUUUAAAGUAG